AGAACGAAACAAUCUGUAUAAUUGCUCAAAAUACUUGUCAAUAAGUCAGUUUGACAUAUUCUACGAAUGUUUUCUCCAAUUUUCCUUUUUAAUAUAUUUACCACUAUUUUAAAAUUGAUUAUAUAAAAAGAUGAUCCCGUCGCGAAAUAUAUAUGGUACAUUAAUACCAAAUGAACUAGACGAAGAAGCGAAUGUGGACCCUGCUGAUCUGGAAAAUCAUUAUACGUUUUGCACGUAUGCAACGACUCAGCGAGUUUUAUUAUGUGCAUCGUCAACGAAAAAAGUCGCAUUCCUAUAUGAACUGUUCGUCAUAAUAGAGAGACACAAGUUUAUACGAAUGAUAUUUAAUAUCUUAGAGAAACACUUUUUGGGGAAGCUGUAUAACUAUUUAAAAACAAUGGAUUACUCGGAUAAUAUUAACGAUGCACAAUUUAAAGAUAACGAUCGUUCAAUUGAUCCCGACGAACUUGAUGCAUGUUUUGAAUCAUCUUUGUACUGGUUUAAAUAUUUGCAUAACAUUGAUCUAAAAUUGGCAAUAUUUUUAUCAUAUUUAUCAAUUUGUGGAAAUAGUGUAAUCCGAAAAGUAAUAAUUCGUGUGAAAAAGUUUUACGAAAAAGAAGGAAAUUAUUUUCGACACUCAAGACUAUCAACACAUUUUUCAUUCCAACUUCAACCUUCAGCACGAUAUUAUGCUUAUAAUGAAGAAUUGGAUGAUAGCGAUCCCGAUGUACAAUUGAUUUACAAGAAAAGAAAAGAAUGGGACGAAAUGAUUACCAAAUAUCGUAAAAACGUUGAGUUUUCUAUAUAUGGGUGUGCAUCUGACCCAAAAUUUAAAGAAGAGAAUGCGAAACAAGGCGAAAAUGGCAAAACUAGAACAGAUAAAAGUAAAAAUAAGAAAGACACUACCCUUAAAGAAGGAAAAGGCAAGAAAAUUCAAAAAAGUGAAACAGCUGAUACGAAAAAACCUAAAUCGGAAAUGGAUAUGCUACAAUUGUUACCCAUAUGGAUUACAAUGAAAAUAUUUAAACAUUUAGACAACAAAACAUUAAAACUCGUAAAAGAUGUUAAUAAAUAUUGGUCGUUUGUGGUCGAUUGCAUCAACCAGGAAGAGAAAGGACGUAAAAAACUUGAUGAUUGGAUUGAAUCAAUAGAAAAUGAUCUUGGAUUGAAAGAUUAUACAGCAGUUUUUCCAUCAAAGUUCAAACCCGAAUUUAGAUUUCGACGGCAAAAUGAAAAAAAUAUAGCAUGCGAUCUACGUGUACAUAAUUCCUUAAGAGAAGAAACAAACAUUACAUUACAACCAACACAUUUUUCAGCGCUCAGUAAUAUUGUUAAUAGCGCUGAAUUUGAUUUCCGAAUGCCCGUUAACGAACUUCAAUCUUUUCGACGCAUGCUGAUAAAUGACGUCGACAAUUCCAUGAAGUUCCUACAUACCCACCCAUCUUGUAUUCAUUAUGAUAAUGUCACUACUAAAGCAGUACCGAUAAGCGAAAUUCCAUUAACUGGUAAAAUCGUCGAAGAAUUUAACACACAGAAGGAAACAAGUUACGAUUAUAUUCCACUUGAGUUAAAAGAAGCGAUGGACAGAAGUUUGUAUAUCGAAAGUAAUAAAAUUCAACCACGAUUUAUUCGAUGGUUUCCUUUAACGCACAUGGUGGAGAUUGACGAGGUGAUGAAUUCAAUAGUACAAAAAUCUAUGGUAAAUGUCAAAGAAAGUAAACCAUCAAUGCGCUAUGAUUCAUUCAUGCCUACAAUAAGCAUGGCAGAUAUGAAAGCAAGCAAUGACAAAGAUAUUCGAAGUUUUGAAAGCAAGUCGGAUCCGCUUGUGGCAAAUCAUAUCACCUCGGCAACUGAAACGGAUUGUAAGAGAGGAACAAGUAAAAAAAGUAUUCCAUCCAGCACUAAUAUGUGCAGUAAUAAUAAUUUUCCACUUGAUAUAAAGCAAAGCAUCAGAAAUGAAAUAAAUGUGGAGUCUCAACAGCUUGACACAAUGACCGUGUCUGAGAAUACUAUAGGUAGAGACUCAUCUAAAGCAAUAAUUAUUGCUUCUAGCGUAAUGUCUCCACCAAGAUUCCAUUAAAUUCCUCGCAAUAUUUGAUGAAACUUAUAAUUUUAACGAUUAUAUCUCUGAUAACCAAAGUAAAUUGUACUGUCAGGUCUUAUCAAGACCUAAUUAUAUAUAGUCAAAUAGAAUAAAUCACAGCAUAAUUUAAAUUAUCAACGUAAAA